AUGUCCAAGCUUUUUAUUGGCGGCCUUGCGUGGCAUACGACCGACGACACCCUGCGUGCAGGGUUUGAAAAGUAUGGCACCAUCGAGGAAGCUAUUGUUGUCAAGGACCGUGACACCAACCGCAGUCGUGGAUUCGGUUUCGUCCGCUUUGCAAGCGACGCGGAGGCAGACGCCGCAAUGAACGCAAUGAGCAACCAGGAGUUCGAUGGCCGUGUCAUCCGGGUCGACAAAGCCUCUGAUCGUUCCUCUGCUCCCCGCAACGAAGGUGGCUACCAUGGGCGUGGCAACGGGUAUAACCGUUUCGAGGGCGGCGGUGGAGGCGGUUACCGCGGCGGUAGCGGCUAUGGCUGGGGUAGCCAUCAACAACAAUCUUAUGGCAGCUCCCAUGGUCAGGGAGGUGCUGGGGCAUAG